GCAGCCGAGCAGAAGAAAGACCAAACGGCAGCAACUAAUAUGGAGGUUUCUUCUUUCAGCGUCUCACCUGAAAAAUAUUGGACCGAGGAUAAAGAGAGGGUGCUCAUAGCGUUUUUUUCCGAGCACAGCUGUCUAUGGAAGCACAAAACCCUGGAUUACAAAAACCGUGAGCUGCGCUGGAAAACUCUGGAAAAACUCAGAAUCCUCCUGAGCACGCACCCCCCACCGGCACCCUUUACAGUGGAAGACAUAAAGAACAAGUUCCGGAAUCUCCGCACCACAUUUCAACGUCAAUACAAAAUCGUGCAGGCGAGCAAACUCUGUGGUUCAGACGACGUUUAUGUACCACAGUGGCGGCAUUACCAGCAACUGCUCUUUCUAGAGAGUGAUAACGAAGGCACCGGCACGCCGUCAUUUCAACCCCCAGACAAUCAGAUGGUCCUCCCUGCUGCAGCACCCAUAUACUCCCUGCUCCCAUCGCCGUCCUGCACAUCUGACUCAAACUGCAACAUGGUGGCUAAGUCUCUGUGGACUGAGGAGAAGGAACGUGCACUAAUAGACUUCUAUUGUGAAAACGAGUGCCUGUGGAACAAAAGGUCAGAGAACCACUGCAACCAGCAGGUCCGAAUGAAACUGCUGGAAACACUCAGCGCCCAGCUUUCAGACCAAGCAACAUUUCUAUCAGUGGAAGAUGUCAAGAACAAGUUCAAAAACCUGCGCACGGUGUUCAACCGCGAGUACAAGUUGGUCCAGGGUUCCAAGGCAUCCAGCAGGCCUUUCAACUCUAAAUGGAAAUACUACCAAGAGAUGCUGUUCCUCACUGAGUGCGGUGAGGCAGAAGAGGGUCUGGAUAUACUGCGGAGAUUCCUGCCGAGGGACAAUAAUGAAUCAGAAAGUGGAAACUACGCACCUACUUCUGCUCCCGCCAGUCUUUUUUCGAGCUCAACGAAGAGCAAGAGUCUCAACACCUCCAGCUCUCAACACAGUGAAAUCCUAACCAACUCCCCCUCUACGUACCAAGUUAUCCUCCCUGACCCUUCAGAUAACCUCAAAGCAGAGAGUCAAGCCACUCCUGUAACCCUUCCCUCCUCCCGUCCCAGUUCACCACCUGACAUCAAGCCUUUCAUAACCCCACCUCAUCUACAAAUAUCCACAUCCAGUCCCAGCCUUUCUGCCAGCUCCGCCCAAGCUAACAUCAUUAAACUGAGCACCUCCUGUGCUCAGAAUGGCUUCAUCAGUGACACUGCUCCUCAGAGGUUCAUUUCUGAUAGUCCCAGCCCAGUCAGUGCUUCAACACUUCCCGGCACGUCCUCACCGCCCGACAGCCUCCGAUAUUCAAACCCACCGCCCCUACAGAUCUCUGCUCAGCCAGAGCCCAGACCGCUGACUGAAUCCCACUGCUUCUGGACUGAUGUCAAGACUCACCAGCUCAUCACGUUUUUUGCUGAGCACAGCUGCCUGUGGAACCACAAGUCUGACGGCUACAAGAACCGCUCGCUGAAAAAGAGCCUGCUGGACCGCCUGAGCAACAUGCUGACCACCAAUGAAGCCGUUCCAUUUACUGUGGAAGACAUCAAGGCGAAGUUCCGUAAUUUGAGAACCAUCUUCCAACGCGAGCACAAGGCCAUGAGUUCGAACAAAACAUGCGGCUCCGAGGACUUCUACGUCCCUAAGUGGAAACAUUACCGCGAGCUGAUGUUUCUCUGCGACUCCUGCGACGAGGAAGGCACCGGGGAGGAGCUCCCAUUCCAGGUGUUGCAUGAGUCCAACCCGCUCCAUCUGAAAACGCAGUCUUCACGACCGUACCAGAAUUUGACCACUACUGCUUCCCAAACUGUCACGAAACUGUAUCACACCACACACACAAUCGAACCUCCACACUCGCCCACUCCCCCGGACUCCCAGCGCUCCUCCCCCUUUUCAUCUCCUUCCACAGAGUCUUCUCGUGUGGAGAGCAGGGGGAGUAGAGUCCAGCGCAAGCGAACAAGCCAGCAGUUGACCCCGGAAGUGCUGGACUUGAUGAAGGCAUACUGUCAGAACCAGGUGCCCUCACCUCACACUGGUUUCCUAAAGUAUGUGGAGGAGUGCUUGAAUGAGACGCCGGCACACAAAGUGAAGAGACUGAAGAAAAAGAUAAUCGAGACGAUUUACAGCGAGUUAGAGGACGCCUAUCAGUGAUGGCUCUAAAUAUUAACUUAAAAUUUAGCCAGUGCCAAAGUGUGGAAUAAAACAAGCCAACCUUUUAGGUCAUGUUAACAAAGUUACAAAGAAUGCUUUAUAUGUCUUAAACAGGCCACAUUUCAACAAAAUAUUUUAAUAUUUAUUAUAUAAUCCAAUGCAGAAAAGAUCGCUGUUCUCGAAAGCAAGUCACUUCAUCUUCAUUUUUAAUACAUGAUUUUAUAUUUUUGUUGCCUUUUUUAUAUGUUUGUAAGUUUUAAUUGCUGCUAAUUCAAUAUCUACAUAUUCCUGAGCAAUAAUUUACAGUAAAAGUCAUUCCCUCUCUGCACCACACAAUUUUGUUCAUCUCCUUUUGUGACUUGAGUCAGUCUGAAUGAGAUCCCUAGAUGAUGUUUCCACUUCUGACUUUUCGCUCCUCGUGGCAGCUCUGCUCCAAGUCUCUCAGAGACACCAGCCUGCCUCAGAUCCCCCUUUCUGGCUGCCUAUCUGUAUUUUUAUUGUUAUUGUCGUCACGUGAACGUUUCAAUGAGUCACU